AUGACGACGCCGGUCGAUGACGAUGCAACGACAGCCUCCAUCGACUCGGCACACGACGAUGACAUUAGCAUUUCGAAGGCACCGGUAGUGGUGUCCUGGACCGGUGAUGAAGACCAAGUGCAAACACUGAGCCAUUCGCGCCUGACUCACGAUCAUGUCACGUUCGACAUUCUCUUCGACGCGGACUCCCACACUGCUUUCUUCAAAAUCACUGCCAACCUUGCACUCAAGGGCAAACGUAGCAGAUCGAACGUCUUUCUCUUCAUCCCUCCCGAACGCAUCCAAUCACUGCAUGUUAUCACACAAGACGAUGAGCCCGUGUCGGCGUCCAAGAUUCUCGGCACGAGCACAUACUUGCUGCACUUCCUCCUAGUCAAACCUCCGGCACUGGUCGUACCGAAAGAUGAGUUUGUACCCAAGGGCGAGACAGCAAGGACUACACUGGAGUCUUUACAGGCCUUGGCGGCAAAUACCACCUUCCAGGUAGCCAUGCCGUCAAAAUCCCUGGCCAAGGAACGUUUGCUCUCACUCUGUGAGAAGGCUUCCUCUAGCGGGUGUCUGAAAACGAUGCUGAGCGCCGCAAACACUGCAAAAUUCUAUGGCGGCAAGGGUGCCAGGGCCAUUGAAGGCGGGGAAGCUGGCGCCGCGGGAGUGCGACCUGGUGGCGAAUUAUCAGGGAAUGCCGCAGAAGCAACUUCAUCGACUUCUCCCUUCGACUGUCCGCGGGACUUCAAAGACCCUGUGCCCGGUGAGGCUGUGGCGGUUGAAAGCCCUCCAUCUUACGAUGACCUUGGCCACUCUCCCCCAUCCUACCCUCCCAGCAAUAAACGCCGUCGUCUUGAUUCAAGCUCCGGAGAUACCAGUAAGCCUAGGCUGAACCUCGAGGAGAUUUUCAGACAGGGUUUCAACGAAAUUGGACGUCGGCUCGACCGAAUAGAGAAACAGGUUGACAAUUUGGGAUCUCGGUUAGACCACAUUGAGCAGCGCAUGUCCUCAAAGGAGGGCUCCUCAGAUGAACCACCGCCGCGACGCUCGAGUGAGCAGAGCGACCAGGAUGGAGACGGGCUUGAUCAGCGGGUGGGACGUGUCGAGGAGCGCGUGACGGGGCUUGAGGUGAAACUGGAAGCAGGCUUAAGUGAGCUGGCACAGAACGUCGAAACCCAGAUUUCCGAGGCGAGAUACGAUUUUGACACUACCACCUUAAUUCGCAUAGAGGAUGAGAUGGGCGUCGCGCAGACCCAGCUCGAAGAGUUUGUGAGAGAUGAACUCCGUAAUGUCGCUGAAGAGAUAGAUGAUACAAUCAGGGAAAAGCUGCGAGAUGCAUUAUCAUAA